GUACCACUACCCCAUCCCCAAGGUCUUCUACGUGCAGCUGUCGGUGGGGGCCAAUGAGUUCGUUGGCGAGGGACGCACGCGCCAAGCCGCCCGCCACAACGCCGCCAUGAAGGCCCUGCAGGCCCUCCGCAACGAGCCCAUCCCCGAGAGACCCCCCCAGACCCCAGAGGAGAAGGAGGAGCAGGAGGAAGGAACGGACGCCAGCAAAUCGGAGAUCAGCCUCGUCUACGAGAUCGCGCUCAAGAGGAACCUGUCAGUCAACUUUGAGGUCCUGAAGGAGAGCGGGCCUCCCCACAUGAAGAGCUUCCAGACGCGGGUGAGCGUGGGCGAGUUCUCGGCCGAGGGCGAGGGCAACAGCAAGAAGCUCUCCAAGAAGCGCGCCGCCCUGUCCAUCCUCCAGGACCUGAAGAAGCUGCCCUUCAUCCCCGCCGUGGAGAAACCCAAGACCCACUACAAGAAACGGCCCAAGACCAUCAUCAAGACGGGCCCUGACUACGGCCAGGGCAUGAACCCCAUCAGCCGCCUGGCCCAGAUCCAGCAGGCCAAGAAGGAGAAGGAGCCGCAGUACCUGCUGCUGUCGGAGAGGGGCAUGCCGCGCCGCAGGGAGUUCAUCAUGCAGGUGAAGGUGAACGGCGAGGUUGCCACGGGAACGGGACCCAACAAGAAGGUGGCCAAGCGCAACGCAGCGGAGGCCAUGCUGCUGCAGCAGGGCUACAAGGCCUCAGUGCUCCCCCCCGACGACCCCGCCGAGAUGGACGACAAAGGCUGGAACGGACAAAAGGCGCCUUUUACCGAAGUGACAAGUAACACCCAGAAGGGUCUGCUCCACCUCAGCCCUGACGUCUACCAGGAGAUGGAGGCCAGCCGGAUGCAGGGCGGGGGCGGCCCCGGGGCGGGCGGGGGGGUAUACCUGGCCUCCAAGGAGCCUGCGGCCCCCUACUACGGCCACCAGGCGGCGCCGGCCGACCCCACCGCCGCCCUGGCCCGGGAGCUGCUGCUGAACGGGCAGACGGCGGGCGACGCCCCCCUGGGGCCCAAGGGGAAGAGCCCCCCCUCAUCCUCCUCUUCCUCCUCGGGCCCCGCCUCCUCCUCCUCCUCCUCCUCUCUGGUCUCGGUGCAGCCGGCGCAACAGCUGGACUACCUGGCACGCAUCCAGGGGUUCCAGUUGUUUAUUUAUAGUGAAGUUGAUCUCCCCCUCCCCUAACCCUGACGUUAACAUCCUUCGGCCCUUGCUUGGAGAUGGAUGCUUCUCCGUUGACCGUAUCACCAGGAGCACAUUCUUUCCAUAUUUUCUCCUUUCCCUUCAUGAGUCAAAGACUGAAAUCUAAGAUAAAAGCACGAGCACUCUUGCUCGUGCUUCUUUUAGUUUUGCGUGUUCUAAAUGUGAUUUUGACUUGGUCCAGGGGUGUCUGCGUGCAUAUCGACGUACUGUUGUUGUGUGUGGGUGUGCCGUAGCCCCUGUGAGCGCGCCCCCCAGCCUGUGUUCCUCAUAACGAGGUCCUUUAACGAGGGCCCGGGCAGCCCUGGGAGCCCCAGAGGUCAGGGGUCGUUCCACGUUAAUGCUGCAGAUCAAUCGCGCUGCUUGCGUAACUCUCCCCUUCCUUUGUCUCCAGAGGAAGUGGCUAAGCGGUUGUUUUCUGAGUGGAUACUUGGGCUGAUUAGUGGGGGCCUGUUUAGAACGCGUCGCGCUCUCGCACACACGCACAUGCACAGACACAGGCAUGCGCGCGCACGCACGCACACACACACACAUACACACAUAUAAAUAGACACACAAACACACUUCAAGAUAAUACAAUCUCUGAAUCUCUGAGUCGCACACUAUCAACCACACACCAGUAAACACGCAGCACAGACACACAUCCUCACUCGGGGCUCUUUAAAUAUCCGGUUGGGUUCACGUUACUGAAGACAUCGGCCUUUCGAUCUACGGGAUACAAAAUAGUUCCUCAUUGUCUUACAGGACACAUGUGCACCGUAGUGUGUUGUGUGUUGUGUGUGUGGUCAGCUGCCCCUCACACCUGGCGUUCCCCCUGUAGCUGGGGCGACGCACUGAGGAUGCACCAUAAAACACAGCCCCUCGCGCUGCUAUCUGGACUGGUGUUUAGGUAUGAGCUUAUGUACACACACACUCCAGAUCAGGACAGGGAUAAUUCUACAUUCUUCAUUAAAACGCAUUACUUCAAUACGUCGUCUAUCAUGAAGUGAGGCAAGGGAAGAUAAACAGCCUCUCUGUCUCUCUCUCUCUCUCUCUCUCUCUCUCUCUCUCUCUCUCUCUCUCUCUCUCUCUCUCUCUCUCUCUCUCUCUCUCUCUCUCACUCUCUGGUUAAAUUCUGGAUAAUUUACAGUAGAUUAACUUGUCAGAAUGAUCUUUUUUCCCUGCCCUCGUUUUACUGCCUUCAUCAUUCAUUCACAGAACAGAUAGCAUUCCACUCUUUAUCACGGAGCCCCAAUCUCCCACCAACAGGUGUGUGUGUGUGUGUGUGUAAGCAUGUGUGUGUAAGCGUGUGUGCGUGUUACUGUGUUUGUUUACGUACACAUAUUUGCUUCUGAGGUUUGCAGAUGUGUGUGUGUGUGUGUGUGUGUGUGUGUGUGUGUGUGUGUGUGUGUGUGUGUGUGUGUGUGUGUGUGUGUGUGUGUGUGUGUGUGUGUGUGUGUGCUUUUAUGUGCAGACAACCAUGUGUCUGGAGGCCCCCCUCCUCUCCCCACAUAUGAUCAUAACUCACCCAAAGGAGAGAGAGACACACACAUAACACAACACACACACACACACACACACACACACACACACACAUGCAGCAGCCCGUUCUGGAAGCUUUCAGUCACAGAUCAUAUAUAGCCGUCUGAACACACAUGCCCUCCAACCCCCCACUCCCAUUCUCCACACAAAACGCACACAUUCAUACAUUUUUGUGCGUUGGGUUUUCCCGACCAUCUCGUAAGUCGUUUUCUUUUUUACUGUUUCCGUCUCUGUUGGAAAGCAGCGGAAACGACUCGCUAAGGUGGAGCGCAAUAAUGGUUAAGAGUCUCUCCCUUCCUCUCACAUUGACACGCACGCACGCACACAGACACACACACAGACGCACACAGACACACACACAGACGCACACACACACA